AAUAAAAACAUCAAGCCCUCAUUUCCUCAAUAUUUUCUUACGCAAAACAAACCAAGAGAAAGAAGAGGGAGAAUCAAAGAGGGGAGAGAGAGAGAGAGAGCGGUUUUGAGCUCUGUCUUCAUCUCUACGAGCGGUUUUCUGCGCUGUAAUGAGCGGUUUCCGGUAUUCUAAAUAACAAGAUGGUGAAGAGAAAACCAGUUAUAUUUCUCCUCUGCGUCACUGUUCUCGCUCCCAUCGUUCUCUACACGGAUCGACUCUCUGCUGCUUUCUCUACUCCCUCUUCUAAUGAUGACUUCAUUGACGAUGGUUCCAGUUGGAGUUUUGGAAAUGAGCCAGAGAAAUUAAAUGCCCUUCAUCAGGAAAGCAUCAAUACUGUGAAAGAGCCAACUGGGGAAAUCUAUUCUGAUAACUCGAGCAAUUCUGUUCAGAUCUCGGCCCAAUCUAGCCAUGAACUGGUCAAAGAAUUGCCAUUGGGGAAACCUAGAGAGCACAAAUCCCGUGCUCUUUCGGCUGCCGAUGAGGGGACUCAGUCUGCGAAAAGUGUGAUUGAGCAAGUGACAGAAAGGGAUAACAAUGAUUUCAAUGGUAUUCAGAAGUCCCAACUGGAAUCUCAAGGGAAUAAAGAGAAGAAAAUGGAGAAUAAAGUUGAACAAUCUCAACAAACUCCACCGAGAGUUGAAUCCCGAAAAGUGCAGACAUCUGCUAAUGAUAAACAACAAAGUUCCACAGCUAUGCUUGAUUCUAGAGUGAAACAACUUAAGGAUCAAUUGAUAAGGGCAAGGGUUUAUCAAGGAUUGGGACCGCUUCGUAGCAACCCACAGUUUAUAAGAGAGCUGCGUGCUCGGAUAAGAGAUGUUCAGCGAGUUCUUGGUGAUGCUACCAAGGAUUCCGAUCUACCAAAAAGUGCCAACGAGAAACUGAAGUUAAUGGAGCAAACUCUGGCAAAAGGCAAGCAAAUGCAAGAUGACUGUUCUACCGUUGUAAAAAAGCUCCGAGCAAUGCUUCACACAUCUGAAGAACAACUAAAAGUUCAUAAGAAACAAACAAUGUUUUUGACUCAACUUGCUGCAAAAACUCUCCCUAAAGGUCUCCACUGCCUCCCAUUACGACUGUCCACUGAGUACUAUUCUCUAGAUUCCAGCAGACAACAAUUCCCUAAUCCAGAAAAGCUCGAAGACCCUAAGCUCCAUCAUUAUGCACUUUUCUCCGAUAAUGUUUUGGCUGCAUCAGUGGUUGUCAAUUCUACUGUGACUCAUGCCAAGAAUCCAGCAGAUCAUGUUUUCCAUGUAGUAACCGAUAGGCUUAAUUACGCUGCCAUGAGGAUGUGGUUCUUAGCUAAUCCACCAGGGGCAGCUACAAUUCAAGUUCAAAAUGUUGAAGAGUUUACUUGGCUAAAUGAGAGCUAUAGUCCAGUUCUAAAGCAGCUUGGGUCUCAAUCUAUGAUCGAUUACUACUUUAGGACUCAUCGUGCAAAUUCCGAUUCAAACCUCAAGUUUCGAAACCCGAAAUACUUAUCUAUACUAAACCACUUGCGAUUCUACCUUCCUGAAAUUUUCCCUAAGCUUAACAAAGUGGUGUUUCUUGAUGAUGAUAUAGUAGUUCAAAAGGAUCUCACAGGGCUUUGGGAGAUUAAUCUUGAAGGAAAGGUCAAUGGUGCAGUCGAGACUUGUGGGGAGAGCUUUCACCGAUUUGAUCGGUAUCUUAACUUCUCGCAUCCUCUUAUUGCCAAAAAUUUUGAUGCCCACGCUUGUGGGUGGGCAUAUGGGAUGAAUGUGUUUGAUUUGGAUGAAUGGAGGAAACAAAAUAUAACAGAGAUCUACCACUCUUGGCAGAAUUUGAACCAUGAUAGACUAUUGUGGAAACUGGGAACUCUUCCACCUGGCUUGAUCACAUUUUGGAAGCGCACUUUUCCUAUAAACCGAUCAUGGCAUGUAUUAGGCCUUGGCUAUAAUCCUAAUGUGAACCACAAAGAUAUAGAUCGUGCAGCAGUUAUUCACUACAAUGGCAACAUGAAGCCUUGGCUCGAAAUUGGAAUGCCAAAAUAUCGAAACUACUGGUCUAAGUAUGUGGAUUAUGAUCAGGUUUAUCUUCGAGAAUGCAACAUCACUCCUUAAAUGGUAAUAUUACAAAAUUUUUGAAUUUUUUGUCCUCUGAUGCGUUUCCUUCUUUGUUAUUUUUUUUGCUUCUGUGAGUAUAAAUGCUCAGGGUCAUUCUUUUGUUGUUAAUCUUUUUCCAACGCUGCAUGAUGCAGAUAUCUUAUUGUACAUGAUUUAGAUUUAGAGUUGAGACGAGAAAGUUUUAUAGUGUAGGUUGAAUUCUCAAUUUUAUGUAACGUCAUGUUGGUAUUAAUUGUUAUUGGCAGUUUUCUUCUUUUUCA